GCAAGUGGCAUUGUCUAGCUCUUUUUUUAUGGUUGCGUAAUAUAAGCAUAUGCCACAUCUCCUUUAUUCAUUCAUCAGUUGAUGGACACUUGGGUUGUUCCUCUAUCUUGGCUUCUAUAAAUAAUGCUGCAGUAAACAUAAGUGUGUAUGUGUCUUUUCGAAUGAGUACUUUUGUAUUCCUUGAGGAAAUACCCAGUAGUAGAGUUAAUGGAUUAUAUGGUAAUUCUAUUUUUAAUUUUUUGAGGAACCUCCGUAUUGUUUUCCCCAGUAGCCGCGUCCGUUUGCAUUCCUGUCAGCUCUGUGCAAAGAUUCCUUUUUGUUCAAGUCACAAAGAGGAUCAGAUGCCACCUGACAGUUUGAACUCUGUAGAAAGGUAUUUCUUAAGAAUUGAACUCCUUGGGAGAAAAUGCUUUUGUCUGUUUUGUUCAUAACCGUUCAACUGCAGGAUCUAGAGAGCUUGUCACAUAGUAGAGACUCAAUAAGCAUUUACAGAACGAAGAAUGAAGAAAUGAAGGAACGAGUAAAGUAUGUCCCAGUGUGGAGAAUCUUCACUGGUACCACUGGAAUAAUCUUUUCUUUUGUGAAGAGAGGUUUGCUUCCUUGAGAAAUUCUGGAUCUAGGAAACAUGCCUUAAGAAUCUUCCUUCUUCUAAAUAAACAAACAAAAACAGAAACAGACCUAUAAAUAUAGAGAACAAACUGAUGGCUAUUAGAGGGGAGGGGCAAAAUGGGUGUAGUGGGAAAAGAAGGGAAUUGUCUUCCUUGGAAUGAAGGGAUUAGAACUCUUAAUGAAAUUUCAACUCCUGAUGAAGUCAUAAUCAUCAGGGCUUACUAAUGCUAAAUAUUGAAAGGCUGAUGGGAUCGUUAUGGUGGAGGGGCUAAGCCGACAGCACUGGAACCCACUGAUUAAUCUCAACAUGGUUAAACAUGAGACAACCUUAUGUGCUUACUGCUGUGAUUUAAUCGGAAGGCACACAACACCACUUAUAAAAUAAUCUUGUAAUAAUGAGAAACUGAAUUGAAAACUAAUUUUCUAGAUCUAACUGCCUGUUUGGAAGGAAUUAUGGGUAAUAUAAGAACAUCUUAAAUGACAUCACAAGAUACAACCAACCAACUCCAUGCUGCAGAAAACACUACAGGAUAAAUGAUUUAGUUUCUUCAACAAAUAAAUGCCCCCUAAAAGGGAUUCUCCAAGAAACAGGAAGAUUGAAUCUCAUCAGCAAAUUCUCACAAGGGGGUAUUUGUCCUGUUUUCACUCUCCCUGCUUGGAGACUGAUGUUCCACACGUCCUUUCAGAUUUGGACUUGCCUUUGUCCAGUGGGGACUUCUGGGAGCCUGCCUCAUUCCAGCACACCCGUACUCCCCCCGGAUCACGGCCACUGCCCCAAAAGGGGGUGUCUCUCAUUUUAGACUGGGAUCAGAAGGAUCCAGAUGGGUUGCCGCUUAUAACUGGUAUACAUUUCAGCCCACGAGCAGAGGUGUGCAAGAAAUAGUAUGAAAUUGUUUUUGUAACUCCACUUAAUUUGUAUUUUAAGCCUGGAUCCCGCUGAAGUCCUGUUUGGAUUUCUACCCAUCCCUCUGCGGAAAUCAUACAGAGCCACAGUCAUGAGGGUUGAGGUGAGAGCAUGAUUACUGUUUAGAGGGGUAUACACUUGUAGCUUAGAGGUCCAGUGGCUCGGUUGCCAUGUUUCCUUUUGGUUUGGUGACUCUUGUGUCAUGGGUGGGACAGGUUGGUUCUGCUCAUAUGCACAACACAGCCAUCUCCUCCGAGAGUUUUUGCCAUAUCUAACCCUCUGACCGCACUUUAGAGAUUCCUUUUCUUUCAUGGUCCACGGACCUCUCUGUGAUGAUAUAGAUCUUAAGCUAGCAGGAAAAGAAGACAGUAAGUGUAUAAUUUCAAAGUUCCUGCUUCUGAUAGGUUUCUGCUCAAGUAUCCUCACUUUCCUGUGGAGUUUGGGAUUUUAGAAAUAAAAGCCCAGAUGAUAAGCACAGUAUUGCUGCUUUCAGCCCUGCAUGUCUUUCCUCUGGCCAGUGAACCCAGAGCCUGCUUCCCACUUGAAUGCAGAAGGGAAAGGGUAAAAAAUAAAGGGAGAAAGGGAAAAAAAGUCAACAAGAACAGAUUCGCAUCUCAAAAUAUCCUUUUACUCUUAAGAAGAUGAGAGCUGAAUUCACGGGAAAGGUUCCAUUGGGAAAAAGGAAUGACUCUUGAAAAUGGGUCUCCGCAUUUGCAAAGGCUGUGUGGGAUCCAGGUCCCCAGAAUGCUCUGACAUCAUCAGUGAGGUCAGAGAACUCUGCUGUGGGCCUGGUGACCUUUGAACCUUAACAGCCCUGUGCUGUAGCGAACCCUGGGCAGUGCUGCUCGUUCUCUGAGUCGUCUGACGUCCUCAGCCAUUUAGGGGACUCAACUAUUUUUGCUUAUAUUGGGCCAUUUCAUCAUAUUUUCUGAGAGUCAAGAAGGGCCAACCAGCGAGGGAAAAGAAGAGCUGGGGGUUAGGUGUCUUCUAAGAAGCUUCUGUAGCUGGUACCAUGAAACAGAGACAAAAGAGGAAACAUCUGGAAGAUGAAGAGUCCCAGGAAACGGCUGAGCAGGGAGGAGGAGUCUCGAAGUUGCAGGAGGAUGCCCUUCAGCUUGGAUCCCCUGGGGUGGCCAAAGGCUGGGGCGCAGGGGUAGGGGAGGUGUCCUCUGCCUCUGAAUACUUCUCCUGUGUUUCUUCUCCACGCAAGUUCAUCCAUGGUGGACUCCGGAGAGUACAUCGAGACAGUACCCAGCCUAGAUCACCCCUAGUCCAGGGUCAGGAGCGAGGGGAGACUGCUCCCCCCUCACACCAGGUCUCCUUCUCGUCCCCUUCAUCCUAUAAGACCUGUGUGUCCUCUGUGUACAGAAACAAAGAGGAAAGGGGCAUGAAAAUAUACUACAUGCAGGUACAAAUGCAAAAGGGUGUGGCUGUCUCCUGGGAGACAGAGGAGACCUCGGAGUCACUAGAGAAGCAGCCGAGGAUGGAAGAAGUGACCCUUCCUGAGAACGUGCGGGUAGGUACUCCCCCCUCUGAUGUGUCCACCAGAAACCUGCUGUCUGACAGCGAGCCCAGCGGGGAGGACAAGGACCACGAGGAGCGGGCAGAGUCAGACAGCCCGCCAGGCUCACCCACUGUUGAGGAGAGACCCAGGGCCAAGACCCCCGACUGGCUGGUGACCGUGGAGACUGGCUUCCGAUGCAUGGCCUGCUGCCGGGUCUUCUCCACCUUGGAGGUCCUCCAGGAGCACGUCCAGUACGGGAUCAGGGAGGGCUUCAGCUGCCAUGUGUUCCACCUCACCAUGGCUCAGUUGACGGGCAUCGUGGAACCUGAGUGCACCCAGGAGGAGGAGGAUGAGAACGAGGAGGAGGGGGAAGAGAAGCAGGAAGAAAAGAACAAGAAGGAGCAGCCCGCGCAGGAGGACCCUCGUGUGAAGCGACCCUGAAGCCAGUGCCCAGGCUGUGUGUUUCAUUCUCCAAAGGACAACAACAGUUGAGAUCCAUGAGCCAUAAAUUCCUGGAAGACGGUGUGGCCUUCUUUUGGGAGAAGGAGAAGAAAGGAUCCUGGGGAUAGGAGCAGAUAAAAUGCCAAUGAUGUGAAGAAAGAUGAAGGAACCGGCAUUCAAUCUGGCAUCACAUGAAAAUAUAAAUACCAUAUGCAAUAAAGGCUGUUUUCCAAACCUUA